CAUAGCGGCGUCGGCUGCGGACCUCCACACUGCUCCGUCAUCCACACUUUUAGCCCUUCUUUACACCUUUUAGUCUGCUCGUCGUAUGACAACUGCUCGGCGGAACAAGGAAGCACAAGUAGCGGGGGGAAAUAAGGCAGCUCCAGGUGUCAGCCCCUGUGUGUGUGUGUGAGGGUGUGUGUGUGUUCAAUUUUCCUGGCGCGUGACCCCAACACAUCCCAGGAACGAUGGGCGAGCUGGAACAGUUGCUGCAGGAGGCCGAGCAGCUACGCGGUCACAUCCGGGAUGCCAGGAGGGCGUGCUGUGACUCCACUCUGUCACAGAUCACAGCUGGUCUGGGCCCGGUGAACAAGAUACAGAUGCGGACACGGCGCACUCUGAGGGGCCACCUGGCCAAGAUCUAUGCAAUGCACUGGGGGAGUGACUCCAGGCUCCUGGUCAGCGCCUCGCAGGACGGAAAGCUGAUCAUCUGGGACAGCUACACCAACAACAAGAUCUACGCCAUCCCGCUGCGCUCCUCCUGGGUGAUGACGUGUGCCUACGCCCCCUCUGGCAACUUUGUGGCCUGCGGAGGCCUGGACAACAUCUGCACCAUCUACAGCCUGAGGACCCGCGAGGGCAGCCCGCGCGUCACCCGGGAGCUGGCCGGACACAAAGGUUAUUUGUCCUGCUGCCGCUUCUUGAACGACAAUCAGAUCCUGAGCAGCUCUGGAGACACCACCUGUGCAUUGUGGGACAUUGAAACGGCCCAGCAGACGAUAUCAUUCAGUGGCCACACGGAGGACGUGAUGAGCUUGUCCCUCAGCCCGGACUCCAGGACCUUUGUGUCCGGCGCCUGCGACCAGUCCUCCAAGCUGUGGGACCUCCGUGACGGCAUGUGCAAACAGUCUUUCAGCGGACACACCUCCGACAUCAACGCUGUCAGCUUCUUCCCCAACGGACAAGGCUUCGGCACGGGCUCUGACGACACCACCUGCCGGCUGUUCGACCUGCGCGCCGACCAGGAGCUGAUGAAGUACGGCCACGACAACCUCGGCCGCGGCAUCACGUCCGUGUCCUUCUCCAAGAGCGGCCGUCUGCUGCUGGGCGGCUACGACGACUUUAACUGCAACGUGUGGGACACUCUGAGAGGAGACCGUGCAGGCGUGCUGGCGGGACACGACAACAGAAUCAGCUGCUUGGGCGUGACGGACGACGGCAAGGCGGUCGCCACCGGCUCCUGGGACAGUUUCCUGCGCAUCUGGAACUGAACACUACAUUAUCUUUCUACACAGUGAGGGCGCCUUUACUUUGAAAGUCUUCAUCCUCUUCUACUAGGAUGUCAUUUUUACAUGUAUGUAUUGUGUGUAUGUCCAUCAUCACUGUACUGCAAACACACAAGUGUCACAUCAUUUGAGUCCUGACUACCAAACAUCACUUCUUUUCUUUUUAUUUUUACAUGGAGUUAUGCCGACAACUUCAUUCAAGAAAAACGUGUCAGCAAAAUUAACAACUCAGUUUGUUAAAUGUAGUGUGUUCAAUUCACUGUCAAACAAGUCAGUGGAAAAUAAAUCACUGUUUAAAAACAUCAGGGUAAAACAUUGUUGAAAGGGUUUUCAAUUUAGUGUAAAAUAAAUCAGUCUAAAAAUUCAGUGUAAUGAAAUUGUAAAACAAUUCAGUGUAAAGAAAAAUGUGUCUAAAAAUGUAGAGUAAAAAAAUUGCAUAAAAAUUCUGUCAAAAAAAUUGUUGCAGAAAAAUUUUGUGGGAAAAAAUGAGUUUGUAGAAAUGAAAUGUUUAAAUUACGUGUAAAAAAAAAUGUAGUGUAAAAAAUGUGUUGCCGAAAAAUUCAGUGUCUAAAGUGAACAAUCCGUGUAAAAAAAGUUAGAACAGUGUUUUGAAUUCAGUGUAAAAUAAGUCACUGUUUAGAAAUUCAGUGUAAAGAAAUUGUAAAACAAUUCAGUGUAAAGAAAUUGUCAAACAAUUCAGUGUAAAGAAAAAUGUGUCAAAAAAUUCUCUGUAAAAAAAUUUGUUGCAAAAAAAUUCAGUGUAAAAAAAAUUGUUGCAGAAAGUCAGUGGGAAAAAUCAGUUUGUUGAAGUGUUUACACAGAUUUUUUUUGCACUGAAUUUAAAGAAAUUCGGUGGAAAGAAAUAUUCAGUGCAAAAAAUGUGUUGUAGAAAAAUUCAGUGUCUAAAGUAAACAAUCAGUGUAAAAAAAAAUGUUAGAACAGUGUUUCAAAUUCAGUGUAAAAUAAAUCACUGUUCAGAAAUUCAGUUUAAAUAAAUUGUAAAACAAUUCAGUGUGAAGAAAAAUGUGUCAAAAAAUGUAGAGUCAAAAAAUAAUUGCAUAAAAAUUCUGUGUCAAAGAAAUUGUUGCAGAAAAAUUUUGUGGGAAAAAAUGUGUUUGUAGAAAUGAAAUGUUUAAAUUCUGUGUAAAAAAAAAAUGUAGUACAGAAAAAUGUAGUGUAAAAAAUGUGUUGCAGAAAAAUUCAGUGUCUAAAGUGAACAAUCAGUGUAAAAAAAUGUUAGAACAGUGUUUUGAAUUCAGUGUAAAAUAAGUCACUGUUUAGAAAUUCAGUGUAAAGAAAUUGUCAAACAAUUCAGUGUAAAGAAAAAUGUGUCAAAAAAUUCACUGUAAAAAAAAUUUGUUGCAAAAAAAUUCAGUGUAAAAAAAAUUGUUGCAGAAAGUCAGUGGGAAAAAUCUGUUUGUUGAAGUGUUUACACAGAUUUUUUUUGCACUGAAUUUAAAGAAAUUCGGUGGAAAGAAAUAUUCAGUGCAAAAAAUGUGUUGUAGAAAAGUUCAGUGUCUAAAGUAAACAAUCAGUGUAAAAAAAAUGCUAGAACAGUGUUUCAAAUUCAGUGUAAAAUAAAUCACUGUUCAGAAAUUCAGUGUAAAUAAAUUGUAAAACAAUUCAGUGUAAAGAAAAAUGUGUCAAAAAAUGAGAGUCAAAAAAUAAUUGCAUAAAAAUUCUGUGUCAAAGAAAAUGUUGCAGAAAAAUUUUGUGGGAAAAAAUGUGUUUGUAGAAAUGAAAUGUUUAA